ACGGGCGAAACGUCGAGCGACGAGCAAUUUGCCCGGCGCUAGUUUUGUGACGUGAUUUUGAUAAUGAUUGCAAAAGGGUGGGAGCGUAAUGUGAAAUUAUAAAAGUAAGAAGAAUAUCCGAAUAAUUCUUUUGGAGUGUCCAACAGGGGCUCCAUUUCAUCACCACUUUCAUGUUCAUCUUCUCCAAUCAUCAUCAUCAUCUUCUUGCACUCGAAUUAAAUUAAAUUAUCAAAUUUUAAAUUCCCGUUUUUCUACGUGAUUUGGAUGUUAUCCAAUUCAAAUCUCACGUUAACGACGCAUCGUUUCUUCUUCAUCACGAAGCCCUAACGUCUACGUAACUCUCAAUCCCCAAAUUCUGCAACAUUUUCCAAUUUCAUUCACAAUUAGACGCUUUUAUCGUAAUCGUACAUCAAUUUAUCAUACAAUUUGUUAUACAUACACAUCCGAGGGAUCAUAUUAUAUUAUUAAUCAAAUCAUUGUGAUACGUUUGGGGAUUUCUGGUGCUGAAUUAUGUCACAUGCGGCUCCGAUCGAGCCGACGUUACCGGAAUCAUCAUCAUCGUCACCGUCACCGGAAAGAGCUGAAUUGGAGAAUAACCGCCGUUUUGGUGACCUAAGGGGGGUUCAAUGGCGUAUAGAUUUGGGGAUUUUACCUUCUUCUUCUUCUACUGUUGAUGAUAUUCGUCGUGUAACCGCCAAUUCACGCAGAAGUUAUGCUGCUUUACGGAGGAGACUUUUAAUCAAUUCUUCUAUUUCCAAAGAUGAAAGCAAUUUUCGUGAUCUUGUUAUCGACAAUCCGCUCUCACAAAACCCCGAUAGCAUGUGGGGCCGAUUUUUUCAUAAAGCCGAGCUAGAGAGAAUGGUUGAUCAAGACUUAUCACGCUUGUAUCCUGAACACGGUAGUUAUUUCCAGACAACCGGGUGCCAAGGCGUGUUGAGACGUGUUUUGUUGCUUUGGUGUAUUAGAUAUCCAAAUUACGGUUAUAGGCAAGGGAUGCAUGAACUUCUGGCUCCACUUCUAUAUGUUCUCCAGGCCGAUUUAGAACGGCUUUCUGAAGUGCGAAAACUAUACCCAGAUUACUUCACUGACAAUUUUGACGGGUUAUCGUUUAACGAUACCGAUUUAUCUUCUAACCCUGAUUUGGAAAAAGGUGAAGACAAUUUCGGGAUCCAAAAGGAAGAGAUAAACGUUAAUUACAUUGAUCCUAAGAUACUAACGAUUAUUUCAUUUAGUGAUGCGUAUGGGGCUGAGGGAGAACUCGGUAUAGUUUUAUCCGAAAAAUUUAUCGAACAUGACGCGUACACUAUGUUUGACGCUUUAAUGAACGGAGACGGAGGUGCAGUUGCAAUGGCUAAUUUUUUCUCGCAUUCACCUUCACCGCAAAACGGGUUGCCACCUGUUAUCGAAGCAUCAUCUGCGUUAUAUCAUUUACUCUCAAUCGUUGACUUGUCUUUAUACACGCAUCUAGUCGAGUUAGGAGUUGAACCGCAAUACUUUGCUCUUCGUUGGUUACGCGUACUUUUCGGGCGCGAGUUUGCUCUCAACGACCUUUUAGUAAUCUGGGAUGAAAUUUUCGCACUCGACAACAACAAAUUAAGGGCGAGUUCGGAAAAUGAAUCAGAAGUAGCGUUCAGGGUUUUAAAUUCGUCACGGGGAGCUUUUAUUUCCGCACUUGCGGUUUCAAUGAUACUUUAUUUGAGAUCGUCCCUUCUUGCAACCGAAAAUGCUACUUCCUGCCUUCAAAGACUGUUGAACUUUCCGGAAGAUGUCGAUCUUCGGAAACUAAUAACGAAAGCUAAGUCGUUGAUGGAUCUUGCAACCGAUGCGAUUAGUUCGGCCCCGGAACCGAUUCACGGUUGGGGACUUUACGAGCCGGGAAAACCGAGAGUUCACGGUCACGGUUAUGGUCAUAGUCGCAGUGUUUCAUCUGAUGUGACUGCGGCCGUGAAACGUCACGGUUUGGUUCCUGAGAGCUACUGGGAAGAGAAAUGGCGGGAUAUGAACAAAGAAGAAGACCGAAAACAAGUCGGUUUAAGUAAACAAGUUCAAAACCGGAUUAAAGGUUGGUCAGAGAAAGUCAAAAUGCGUUUAUCGAAGGUAGCAAGAUUACCCGCUAGGAGAAGCUUGGUUGAUGAUCUCGCUCGUUUAAAAGAAAAUGAGAAAUUAGCGAAUGGUAAUAAUAAUAACAACAAUGAUCAUGACAUUAAUAAUAACGAUGAUCAUGAAAACGAGACAGAGAGAAGCAGUGUAGCAUCCAAUUCAUCAGUUAACGGAAACCACCCGGGCCUGGGCUCAAGCCCGAUACGGAGCCGAAGCCCAAGCCCGAGCACUGCGUCAGGGCCGUAUGUUUCUACCGAAGAUGUUGGAUCACCUUUACCAGUCUCGGAUACCCCUGAAGAAGAUUUGUCUUUCAAGGAGGUAAAGAAUGACGAAACUAUAAGAAAGCCUUUAUCGGGAAAGUUUCAGUGGUUAUGGAUGUUUUCGAAAACCGAGCCCGAGGACUCGUUAGAGAAAUCUGAGCCUACAACAUCUUACGUCAAUGGAUUUAAUCAGAAAAUUGCAGUACCGUCAUCUUCGACAGCAGAAGAGACCAGCGAACCAGAAGCUGUUGACCACAACAACCUGAAGAAUCUUGCUCAAUCCAUGCUUGAAAAUAUUGAGGUGAUCGAGUCUGUACAGAACUUGUCAACAAACACCAUGGAAGCUCUAAAAGAGCUUCGAAAGAUUAGUAACACUUUAUCGGAGAUGUGAGGUGAUUUUCUUCUUUAUGAUACAUAAACUGUAAUUAUGAUUUUGGGAGUGGAUGGCACUCUUGUAAUUUAGGUUAACAGCUUCUGGUUCGCUUGUAAAUGUAAAUAUAUACAUGUAUCAUAUUAUUUGAGUGACAAACUGAUUGUUCAUAAUGUUAUAAUCUCAUGUGAUUGUAAACUAAGUUCUAAAGGCUUUUGAUUGCCAAAUUAAAUACAUGAACUUUAUUUA